AUGAGUAGGACUGCGCAGAUUAUCUAUCGAGAGGAAGGGGGCUCCCAUGGGGAGCGGGAGAGGGGGUGGAAGAUCACAUGGAGUAUCGCCGCCCAUCAGUCGCAAUUCUACCAAUCGGCGAAUCUCACGAUUGAGGCCGUAGCCAACCCUGGCGCGGCUGGCGAGCUUGUCGUAGACGUUGUCGAGCGUGGUAGUCUCAUUUCCCUCGAAGAUGCGGAUCCGGAACAGACGGGUACAGCCGAGAGAGAUGCGCUGGCGGAAAGUGUAAUUGGAUGUCGAAGUCUUAGCUUUCUCAUCGACACCCUUCAGCGCACCACCACCACGCACGCUCCCCAAGCCAUCACGUUGAUCGUCCCGCGAGGACAUGGCAACAUCGUGCGCGCCGACAUUGUGCCCAAGCGCAUGCACGAUGUUAACAAUGUCGAGGCGACGGCGGCGCUCGCAGAGCCUUUGCAACUGUAUACGGACGAAUCGUGGACAGCAACCACCUCUCUGUCGACCCUCUUCCGCACCGCCGCGGGCGCUAUUCGUCUAAGCCCGCUGUCAGAGGGGACCACCAUCGCCGACGCCUGGACAGCACUUGAACGCGAGCUGGAGAACCGCCUGAAUGUGCCGCUCCUGCUCACCGGCCUGAAGCGGCGGCUGCUGUUCAUGGUCGAGGGCGGGCUCGGCUUUCCCUUUGGCGGUGCUUGCUCAUGGCAACUCUAUGAAACGGCCAAGUCUCUGGGUAUCGAUCUCGUCGUCCUCGCAGAGGAGGGUCAUGUUCUCAAGCAGAAACCCGAAUUCGCGAAUUGGUGUCACGACUUCGUUCCCGUCCAAUGCGGCUAUGAUGCCGAGUUCCACACGAGAAUCGUUUCCGCGGUCAAGCAAUAUGAGCAAGACUCGGGCAGAUCGGCAGACGGGCUCCUCACAGCGUAUGAGAGCUACCAUGUCCCUGUCGCGACUGCCGCACAACAGCUUGGCUUGUCCCACGAGCCCUUGUCUGCCUACGAGGUUGCGACGGACAAAUUCAAGACCAGUCUCGCCGAAGGUCGCAAGUCCUACACUGCAUCAAGUGUGGACGAGGCUCUGCAUAUCGCGAGGACCGAGACCCUGCCGUGGCCGCUCAUCAUAAAGCCGUGUCGUGGAUGGGCGUCGGAACUGGUGUUCAAGGUGGACAAUAUAGAACAGCUGGAACAGGCCGCUCCCCGCAUGAAAUCCGAUAGCCACGGCGCCCAAUUUGUCAUGGAGCAUUACUGCAGUGGUCCUGAAGUUGAUAUCAACUUCGUCUUGUAUGAUGGCCAAGUCUGUUUCUGGGGUAUGCUGUCAUCCUUAUUUCCUUCUCCCGACACAAGCUGA